AUGGCGUCCAGCCACCAUUCUUCUAUGCUCUUCAUCUUUCUCACCACUCUCUUCACAGCCACCAUUGCAGCCUCUCCCUCACCACCAUCACCUCCACAACCCCCAUCGCCAUCACCAUCAUCAUCACCACCGCCACCGCCGCCAGCAUCACCUCGACCUCCAUCUCCGCCAUCCCCAACCUCAACACCCCAACAACUCAACAACAUAAUCGACGCCCUAAUCGGAGCCGGCGACUUCGGGAACUGGGUCAACAUCAUCACCGGCGUGAACCCACUGGUCCUUCCUCUGAGCGCGACCCUCUUCAUCCCUCAAGACGACGCCUUGAACCGCAUGCCGACCACCGACCCCUUCAUGUUCCCUUACCACGUGGUCCCUCAGCGCCUCAUCUUCUCCGAGCUCCAGCUCUUCGAGCCCAAGUCUCGCCUUCCCACUCUGCUCCCUGGCAAGUCCAUUCUCAUCACCAACGCCUCCCGCUCCAACUUCUCCCUCGACGGCGCUCCGCUCACCCAGCCCGACCUCUACGUCAGCGCCAACGUGGCUGUCCACGGCGUCGGAGCCAUUCUUGAGUACUCUGUUUACGGUGAUGGGCUUAACCUUUUGCCCAAGCCCAAUUCGCAGCAGGGGCAGCAGCAGCCGCUACCUCCGCCACCGCCGCCAUCUCCAGGGGUGUUUUCCCCCGCGGGAGAAAUCGUGGGCGGCGGGUGGAGGUCUGAUGCAGCGCCGCCGUGCCAUUGUGUUGAGUUUCCGGUUGGUUGGUUCUUGGUUGCUUGUGCGGUUUUGGGGUUCAAGAUUCAGAGGAACUACUAG